AUGAUGUUCAAUCUGACAAACCCUGACCGUGUAAUCCGCGUCGGCGUGAUUCUUUUGAAAGGUAUUGCAGAGCUAAUCGACGUUGCUCCAGUUGAGCUCUUUCGACAUGUGAGCCACGAGUUCGUCGAUUUUCUUCCAUCUUCUGUUGUCCCGGAUCAGCUCAAGCCGCAGGCUCAUAAUUUCGACUUUCACUGGGUCUCUGAGGCUGGACCAGCGUUACCAAUGCCUGGUACAAGUGGAGUCACAAUCGUCCCUACUGAUUCGUUCGAGACAUGUCCGCAGCUCGAUAUCGUCAUCAUUGGCGCAUCUGGAGCAAUUGUUCCUAAUCUGGCAGAGGUGCAGUUUUUGAAGAAGAGCUAUGAGGAAAGCAGCGCGUUUAUAACUGUCUGCUUUGCACCCCGCUUUGCUUUGGACGGCUUCAAGGCCGUAACUCCCAACACAACAUGGGUAGAUAAACGAUGGGUGCAAGAUGGAAAGCUGUGGACAAGCGGUACUCUAUUAAACGGCUUAGAUGUCGUUUCCGCUUUCAUUCAACAUACCUGGCCCAGCGGCGAAGGCACCCUUACUGAUGUCAUUAUGAAGAUGGCAGCUUGGCCAACUGGUAGUGACAGCUAUGACGACACAGUAUAA